AUGUCGGAUGAAUUGGGUGAACUGGAAUUAAGGGAACUUGAAGAGGGGGAUGUACCGAGUCUUUUAGAUCUUCUCAGGCACCUGACUGAUGCACCGGCUGUGACUACAUCUGCGCUGCGGGCAAUUGCCGAGGCACGUCGUCAAGCCGGCAUGGUAACAAGGGUUUUUAUUCACAGACCAACAAGGCGCGUCGUAGGGACUGCAUCUCUGUUUGUUGAACCCAAAUUUUCGCGCGGUGGAAAAUCUGUGGGACACAUUGAAGAUGUCGUUGUUGAUCCCUCAUAUCGAGGCAAAAAGCUUGGGCAGGCUCUCAUUGGUGACCUUUGCAAUAUUGCCCGUUCACGGGGCUGCUAUAAAGUUAUUCUUGAUUGUGCAGAGGCAGCGAUAGAGUUUUAUAAAAAGUUGGGGUUUGAGGCUCGUGAAAGACAGAUGAGGCUUGACCUGUAG